AUGGAGGUGUCGAAAUCUGAUGUUGAUAAGCCCUUUAAACUAAACGGUCUUUUUCUUGCCCGGAUGCUUCUCAGUAUAUACUAUCAAUUGUCCAACGUGUUGAGCCUGGAAAACGACAAAAGGUUCUUCAAGUUUGUCCCAUUUGUGCCUGCUGAUUCAUCGGAAAAUCGUUUGAUAUUUCCAGUGUCACCAGAUGCAAAGGCUUUUUUGUACGCUCAUCGCUACGAGGUUAUAUAUCAGAGAAUUUCGCGGCAUCAAUUAUUCUCUCAAACAGCUGCUUUGGAUGGGUCUCAUAGUACAAAUUAUCAUUCAGCUGUUGUAUUAGGACUAAUCAGUCAACUUCGUGAAGGUAAAUGGUAUGCCGAAGAUCCAUCAGGGAUAGUACAAUUGAAUUUACAACAAGCUAUUUUUCAUGAGGGACUACUCCCUGAGGGAUCCAUUGCACUAAUUGAAGGCUUUUAUGAUGAUAAAAUAUUAUACGUCACUGGUAUUGGUCUUCCACCUUGUGAAUCAUCGGAAAUUUCACGUCGUGCUUUUUCUGUCAGUAAUCCAUUCGGUGGUUGUGAUACUAAUGAUUCCCCUGCAGCAUCUUUAGAUACAAAGAUGCAUAAACUCUUGACAACUACUCAGGCUGGUUCAGAUGCUAUGCUUGUAAUUUUGGGAGAAACUCAUCUGGACAAACCAGAUACUUUAGACCAGUUGACUACUCUUUUCAGUGGUUAUUCAUCGUGCGCUCCAGUUGCGUUUAUAUUAAGUGGUAAUUUUCUAAGUGCUGAUUCCAUCGGAAAAACGUGCACCGAACGUAGGUUAAUUCUACGAAGAUUAUUACGACAGCUAAUCACAAUUUUCAAGAAUAACUUUCCAGAUUCAGAGUCUCAACACACCUCUCAAUCCAACCAGUCACCAAAAUUGAUACUGAUUCCUGGUCCUGAAGAUCCUGUCUAUGCUCCGAAGCAUAUUUUACCAAGACCUGGUUUAGGCAUUGAUUUAAUUUCUGAUAAUAAAGAUCGUUCUUCAUCCAGUUGUCCACCGUGGCUACAUUUAGCAUCAAAUCCAUGUCGACUGCGUUUAUACACUCGUGAAAUUGUUAUUUUCCGUGUUAACUAUAGUCGUCUAUUAGUUAGACACUGUAUUCAUCUACCUACAUUAAACAAUUUGGAUUCGUAUGUUGAAACAAGUGAAAAGAUUGAAAGUUCUACUUCAAGAGAAAAUUCUGAGACGGCGGUUGAUAUGGAUAGUGAAGCAGUUGCUACCACUAGUAGUAAUGCUUCAUCAAUAAAACAGGAUACUACUUCGAAGAAGCAUAAAACAACAACGGAAUAUUUAGGUCAAUGCCUUGCACGUUGUUUAGCUAGUCAAGCACAUCUCUUACCACUUUUAGGUCAUAUAGCACCUGUCUAUUGGUAUUAUGACCAAGCUUUAAGUUUAAAUCCAUUGCCUAAUUUAGUUAUCGCUAUUGAACCGGAACCAUUGGCCAAUUUAAAUGCUUCACAACCAGGAUUAGUGACCACUGGUAAUUGUCGUUUUAUUAAUCCAGGUCGAUUUGGUCAUAUGGAAUAUUCCAAUGAAUUGUCAGGCCUCCAGAAAAAGUAUACUUUCAAAGUUUAUUAUCCAAGAACUGAAAUUGUUGAGGAUAGUUGUUUACCUUAA